AUGGAGAACUCAACUGAGAUUGUGUCAUUUGUGCUGGCUGCGUAUGGUGAAAUAGGACAGUUAAAGUACCUGUAUUUCAGCAUAAUUAUCACAUUAUACCUCUCAAUAUUCGUGGCCAAUACAGCCCUUAUUGUUGUUAUAUUCAUGGAUAGAAAGUUACAUGAACCCAUGUACAUGUUCCUCUGUAAUUUGUUUGUUAAUGAAAUGUACGGCAGCACAUCACUGUAUCCUCUCCUGCUUUCACAAAUGUUUUCAGAUACUCAUGAAGUGACCCUGAAUAUCUGUUUUCUGCAGAUAUUUUGUAUUUACACAUCUGCCUCUGUGGAAUUUUGCAGUUUGGCAGCCAUGGCAUAUGACAGAUAUGUCUCUAUCUGCUGUCCUUUACACUACCCUGUUAUUAUGAACACAGGGAGAGUGUGCACCAUCAUUCUGGUAAUAUGGCUAUAUUCAUUUGUGAAUUUCUUACUCUCAUUUUCUCUCAUCAUGCAUUUGCAAUUUUGUGGGAAUAUUAUUGACAAAGUGUUUUGUGACCACCAUUUGAUCAGCAAACUUGCAUGUUCAGCCUCAAUCCUCAGCAAUAUGUCCGACCUGCUCUUCGCCUUUGUGGCUGUUGUUGUUCCAGUUGUUCUUAUUUCCUUCUCUUACAUGAGGAUAUUGGCUGUUUGUCUGAGAACCUCUAAAGAGACGAAGCAGAAGGCUAUCACCACCUGCACACCUCAGAUUGUCUCGGUGUCAAACUUGUUUGUCGGUUGUGUUUUUCACUUUGUUGAUUCUAGGUUUGACGUGGCCCAUGUGCCAGAUAAAGUGCGCAUUCUUUUAUCUGUGUAUCUCCUCAUCUGCCAGCCAAUUGUCACUCCUUUUAUGUAUGGUCUUAAUCUACCAAAGAUCAGAGAGGCAUGCAAAAGAUUUCUCUUUUAUAGAAAAUAA